UAUACAGAAGUCAACCAGGAAAUUAGUAGGCAGUGAACUACUUCUGAAGUUCGAGAUCAAGUUCUCAACAAUACAGUUAUUUGCACAACACUUGUGCACGUUUGCACAAGCAUAUUCAAAAUUGACAAAAAGAAGACAACCAAUACUUUGCACAUUAAUCGAAGGUUGAACUAAUCACAGAAACCAUGACUUAUUUGUGCUUAAAGAUAUGGGCAAACAUGCUUGACUUUCUGUUUGUCCAUAAGCAAAGCAUGUUGCUUUUGUUCUCUGGAAUAUUAUUGGUAUAAUGGGUUCCACCGUCUCACAAUACACCUGUCCAGCGAAAAUCCCAAAAGGAAACUCGUGAAUUUGCUGAAAAUGUCUUGUACACCAUUCAGUAUGAUACAGAAAAGCAAUAGCAGGGUAUAGGAUAAAUGAAUCUGUGGUACUUCAGAACUGUGUAAACUGGAAACUGGUAGUCCCAAAUUUAAAGAUAUGAAUGAAAGUAAUUUUCAUUUUCCUUGACUGGUAGGGUUGAUAUCUUAUCUUAUUAUGAAAUAUAAUUCCUCCCUCAACUGCAGGAUCUAUCGCAAGCUGUAUUGCCAUUUGACGUCUUUUUGGAUGACCUCUUUUUGGAUCAGAGAAGGCGCUCCGACUUUCUUAAUUAUCUCCAAAGUAGCUCUGAAGCAGCCGUUGGAAAGCCUAAGAUUGUUGAUUUUGCUGCGAUUGCAUUAACAGCUUGUGAGGAAGAACUUCAGCAGGAGUUGCUUAAAACAACAUCGUAUAUAACAGGGAUGGAAGUUACACGGUCAAGUAGACUCGAGAGCUUAUAUAGCAUCCACUGUAAGAUGAAAACCAAAAAAGGUAGUCAUUAGACGAGUCUACGAUUCUCGUGCAUUGAAGGCAUCCGUCAAGCACCUCCCAACAACCUGGCACAGCAGAGGUAGCUAAGAAGUAGACAAACCUGGCACAGCAGAGGUAGCUAAGAAGUAGACAAACCUGGCACAGCACAGGUUUGGUUAACAGUAGAUUUAAGUUCAGAGCUAACAGUUACCUACUAUGAUAAUACCAUACUGCUGUUAACAUAUAUAAACAGGCAGAAGCAGGACCGAAAUACGUACUGAAAAGUAGAAAUGAAGAUCCAUCUUACCUUGUCAAUGGGAAUGCUUGUGCUGGCCCUCGCGCCUGCGGCCAGUAGCAUCGACUUCACCAGCGCCGAGCUGUCGUCGGAGGAGUCCACACGGCAGCUCUACGAGCGCUGGUGCAAGAAGUACCCGGAUGGUCGGGGCUGCAAGGACGACGACAAGUCCGGGAGGCUGGACAUCUUCAGGUCACGAGCGCAGGAGAUCAACAUCAUGAACAUGGGUGUCAUCCACAACCGCCGGCGCCUGAACGAGUUCUCGGACAUAACCGAUGACGAGUUCAAGGAGACCUUCGGAUCCUGCUUCCUCAAAAGCAGAGAGGAGCUGCUAGAGCACGACGUCAUCACCGGCGACCAGUUCACCUUCGCCAACGACGACAUCCCCGACUACGUCGACUGGGCUUCUCGGGGCGCCGUGACACAAGUCAUGAACCAAGGUUCAUGCGGGGCCUGCUGGGCCUUCGCGGCGGCAGGGGCAGUGGAGGGUAUACACAUGAUAGAAAAUGGCAUCCUGAUGCAGUUAAGUGUGCAGGAACUUCUGGACUGCAGUAUCAGCAGGGGAUGCGAUGGGGGCAAUGCUGUGAAGGCAUUCAACCAUGUGAUUGAUGCCGACGGCAUCGCAAAGUGGGAGGACAACCCGUACGUGGCCACGAGGUUGAACUGCCACAAGGCCCAGAAGGUGGUCACCAUCGGCGGGUACAAGUUUGUCCCGCGAUUCAAUGAGACGGCACUUGAGCAGGCUGUGGCAUCACAGCCUGUAGUGGUGUCUGUUGAUACCACGGGGUGGGCUAAGCACUAUCGGGCAGGCAGAGUGUUUAGCGGGCCUUGUGGACAGAGGCCUGGACACCAAGCGCUCCUGGUAGGGUAUGGGACGGCGCAGGAGCAAGAUAUAGAUGGAAGCAACUAUACCAUAGAUUACUGGAAGAUCAAGAAUUCGUGGGGCAUCCACCGGGGGGAGAAGGGUUACUAUAGAUUGGAGCGUGGCUAUGAAGAAACCGGUGGGUUAUGCGGCAUCCUCCGCUUUGCGAUGUAUCCUGUAGAACCAAUUGAAUUGAUUGACUAAGUUGCAUUCAUGUAAUACGUAGCAGAGUGUUACAAUUUAUGACAUUGAGCUAGCCUCUUGAGUUUGAUUACUAGUUAUUUCUUCCAAUUUAUGACAUUUAUGUAAUAGCAUCCAGAUCGAGGACUGGCCUAUCUGUAAGAUGUUCUACAUUCUCAAUAAAGUGGAUAA